ACAAACUUGAGAGCUGGGUGUUUUAAUCCAAAAUCACGGCAGUUCUCCAACAGGCAUCAACCAUGGGACAUCUCAGCGUAUACUUUGCUCUCGCCGUUGUUCUUGCAGCUUCGGUGCAAGCGAAAUAUUUUAAAUUCGAAGAUUGCACGGGUAAAGCUCGCAUUGCCAAGGCCAACCGAUUCGAGAUCGUGCCAGAUCCAGUAAAUCUGAGGAAGAACAUGACGGUGAACAUGGACCUGGAUAUCCUGCAGGAUAUACCUGAGAAGGCAAUGCUUAGAACUCGUUACUACAAGCUGAAGAGUGUUUUUGGAGUCAACAUAGAUGUACCCAUACCUUGUCUGUUGGGGAAAUUCGGAUCAUGCACCAUCUCUCUGUGUAAGUACUUGAAUAUGUUCGAAGAUCAGGCGCAGCCUCUCUUCCCACCGGACAUCCCUUACGGAUGCCCAGUCCGUGCUGGCCAUUACGGAGGAGAGAACAUGGAAGUUCCGAUACCAGACAUGGGCUCCAUAGCUCGCUUGAUAGUUUCGGGUAAAUAUAGGACUGAACUUGAACUUGUUGUGGAUCGAACAGUUGUGGCUUGCUACAAAAUUUGGGCCGAAAUGAGAUGAAGUCACAAGUAUGUAAUAAAAGCAUGAUGUAAAUUUAUAGUAAUCGAAAAUAGUAAUAAAUUUGAUAUUGACUUAA